AUGCCUUUGACCGAAGCAUUACAGGAAAUUCCUACUUAUGCAAAGUACAUGAAGCAAUUCCUCAAAAAGAAGAAGUGUCUAGAUGAGGAAAGAAUUGAAGUGCAAGGUAAUUGCAAUGCCAUAUUACAGAAGACGCUCUCGCUUCCUCUCAAAUUCAAAGAUUCGGGGAGUUUCACUAUCCCUUGCACCAUUGAGAAUUAUGAUAUAGGGAAGACUCUAAUUGACUUAGGAGCUAAUAUCAAUCUAAUGCCCUUAUCUAUGCUCAACAAGAUUGGUGGUCUGGAGGUCAAACCUACAAAAGCAAUCUUACAAAUGGUAGACGGGUCCAUCAAGCAUCCUUAUGGUGUGGUAGAAGAUGUGGUGGUGAAAAUUGAUAAACUCAAAUUUCUAGUGGACUUUGUGGUGAUGGAGAUGGAAGAAAAUGAAGAGAUACCGAUCAUUCUUGGAUGA